UAGGCACAAAAAAUAGAAAGAAAUAAAAAAAAUAGAAAAAAAAUAGAAAAAAAAAAGGAAAGAGAAAAACGCUUAGUAUCUCCGGCGACUUCGAACCCAACCUGAGGAUCAAAUUAGGGAAUAAAGCCCUCUCGGAGACAGAAGCCAUGGGGAGAAAAAAACUAGAAAUCAAGCGAAUUGAGAACAAAAGUAGCCGACAAGUCACCUUCUCCAAACGUCGCAACGGUCUCAUCGAGAAAGCUCGUCAGCUUUCUGUUCUCUGUGACGCAUCCGUCGCUCUUCUCGUCGUCUCUGCUUCCGGCAAGCUCUACAGCUUCUCUUCCGGCGAUAACCUGGUCAAGAUCCUUGAUCGAUAUGGAAAACAACAUGCUGAUGAUCUUAAAGCCUUGGAUAUUCAGUCAAAAGCUCUGAACUAUGGUUCACACCAUGAGCUACUUGAACUUGUGGAAAGCAAGCUUGUGGGAUCAAAUGUCAAUAAUGUGAGUGCCGAAACUCUUCUUCAACUAGAGGAACACCUUGAGACUGCCCUCUCCGUAACCAGAGCCAAGAAGACAGAACUAAUGUUGAAGCUUGUGGAGAACCUUAAAGAAAAGGAGAAAUUGCUGAAAGAAGAGAACCAGGUUUUGGCUAGCCAGAUGGAGAAGAAUCAUCAUGUGGGAGCAGAAGCUGAGAUGGAGAUUUCACCUGCAGGACAAAUCUCCGACAAUCUUCCGGUGACUCUCCCGCUGCUUAAUUAGCCACAUUUAAUCGGCGGUUGAAAUCAAAAUCCAAAACAUAUUAUAUGAUUGUGAAAAAAAAAGAUAUGUAAUUAUUCCGCUGAUAAGGGCGAGCGUUUGUAUAUCUUAAUACUCUCUCUUUGGCCAAGAGACUUUGUGUGUGAUACAUAAGUAGACUAGAUUUAAGUCAAUAUUAUCUGUUUAAAGACAAAAAGGUUGAUGAAACUUUGUACCUUAUUCGUGAGAGAAUUGCAUCGAGAUCUUGCGUGUA